CAUACCGAAUCUUCACAUGAUAAUGGCGGAUUCUAUCCGUAGUCGAUUGCUGGAUGCUGAAGACAAGCUGCUUUCUACUGUAAUCGAUGGUCCAGCUGCUAUAGAGGCCUUCGAUCAUUACUGGACGGCACUAUUGCACGAUGUCGAUAACGCUCUGUUAUCCGAAGCUGGCCUCGACGCUGACACAAUCUCCUUGGCGCAUGCAACAUCUUCUAGAAUCGCCAUAUUGGCUGAUACCUUUCAAAGCAUGCAAGCUGAUUAUGACGCGUUGACGUCUGCUAUGGUCGAUGACCUAGAAGACGCUCUGAGAAGAACCACCCUGCAGGACAUUGCCUUCAGGAUCGCGACCCCUGAGGAGCCUGGUGGGAAUGACGCUUUUCUUGCGGGCUCAAGUACCACAGCGUCAUUUCAUCGUCUUGAAAAUGCUGCAUCACAGUGGUUAUUUACGAACGUGAAUAAUCCCUACCCAUCCCGCCAAAUGAAGUUAUUGAUCGCCAAAACCGCGGAGGUUUCUCUUGAGGUGGUAGAUGGUUGGUUCAAGCGUACAAGGCGGCGUAUUGGUUGGACCACGAUUUGUGCCGGUCAUUUUCAUGGAUCCCGUCUUGCGCUGAUCAAUGCAGUCACUCGCGUUUUGAAUGAUCAAGACGUUGAAUUCUUAGACCCUAGUACGGUCUUGGAGAUCAUAGAGAUGCAUGAACGUGCGUUCAAACUGGCAAAUGCUUCUGCUAACCACAUCAAUACAUGGCGCCAUGACAUCACCCUGGAUCACUCCCUCAAGUCAUCUAUCCCGAGAACACAAAGAUGUGCUUACGCUAGCCCUUGCAUGUCUCGGCCCUUACCCUCAGAUCCCUCAUCAGCGGUGUAUAACAGUAGCCUUACACCUGCCGUCACUCGGAAGCGUGCUGCUAGCACCUUGAGCGAAGAUAUUGAUACCAAUACUCAUUGCACUACUCCGCCGCUCAAACGUAUCCGGAUGUCAUAUUCCUUGCACGACAGCUCCGAACUGGACCUUCCCAUAGCCGGAUCUUUUGGCUCGCCUGUUUCAGCAUGCGCUCCUUCGGCAACCGACUUGAUUCCACACAUCGAAACUCCAACUUCGUUCUCGCAUGGUUCAGAGCUUGCAUUGCAAAGUAGUUCAUCCUCGACGACAACUAAUCGACGGAAACGAUGUGCGGAGGAAGACAACGUUCAUAUUUCUAAACGUUCACGAUGUUGCGCUCCGGACAGCGUUGCGCGUAUGACAUCUAUAUUUCCUCCGUCGGACCAGCAGCUGGACGAAGAGAUCUGCAACAUCAAUGAUUGGUUUGAUUCCAACUUCAAAAAUCCAGAUCAGGUGUUAUUGGCUCCCCGCGAUCCGUCAAUCCCGCUGGACGUGACGUUCUUCGAAGAUUGGGCCUCGCACACUUACCUCAGUAGUCAAAGUGAGGAUGGAAUCAUCCUUGGAGAUUUCAGCUCAUAUGAUGCGAGCGAGAGUGUUUCUCCAUACGUUUUUAUUCCCCCGUAUGGUUUCCUCGCGGAUGCACCAACACCUUUCACGAACGAUUGUAAUGCCGACCACGGUGAACAGUUGGAGAUGCAUUCUCGCUCUCGGUCCUACACGUCACCGUCACCACGACUCGCGCCCGUUCUCACUAAUGCCGGACAGAGUGAAUCGGGCGACGAGUCGGCACAGAACGUUGCUGAUUCUCCAGCGACAUCCGUCUCAAAAAAGUCAGCACACACGGCUUCUACCUGGGACCUUAUUGGCAUGCUAUGUCGAGGAUUAGAGUUGUCAUCUUCGACCGAUUGUUUCCCUCCAUUCCUGGAUUGGCAUGAUACCCAUUCCUACGAUAAUAUCGUCGGUGUCUGCGCCUCAUCUGACGAGGUCUGCAGUGAGAGCCGCACCACACCUCUUCCCACCUAUAGUAACUUAUAUCCCUGUCCGGUCUUCGCUCCAGCAGUCUUCGGCUAAUAGCGUGGAGCGCUUGAACAUGUCUGAUGUCCCAAGCGAAUUUGAAGGGUUUUCGUGCCGAUUGUCGUUGUGUAGCACCAGAUAAUCUCGCCAAUGUGCAGUCUCG